AUGCAACAUGUUGAAUUAAAUUUGACUGAACAAUUUGCUUAUGUCGAUCCUCAUUUAUUCUAUUCUAAUGAAGAUCAUACCAUUUCAUGUCAACUGGUUUGGGUAACAAAAACAGAUGGAAGAGAUAGUGUACUUAUAAGAUAUAACAUUCAAAAAUAUUCACAAGAUAUUCAAACUAAAAUGGUUUGUUUAGUGAAUCAAAUGAAAAAUUGGGAGAAUUUCUACCGAUGGUUUCUUCCAGUAAAAAAUGUUAUUAGUGGGAUUUUUAAUGGGUCAAAGGAAAUUUGGAUUGUUUGUGAAAAUUGUCAAUCAAUAAGUUGUGAAGAAUAUUUAAAAAAUGUCCAAAUAAAAGAAGACGAAGAACGUAGUCAUGUAGCAUGUUUUAUUAAUAUGUGUAAUAAUAUAGAACAAAUGAAAUUAAAAGUUAAUCUUGAACCAAAUGAGAUUUUUGUUUGUUCAGAAGCAAAUGAUUUUAGGCCAACGUUUAAAGUAACUCCUAUUAGUUUUUUAAAUGGUAUUUUAAAUGAAAGAAAAAUACAAGAAAGUGUUAUUGAUAUUAUUAAAAUGUUUAAAUCAACACAGUUUAAUGACAUCAUUAAUUUGAUUCAUAUAAAACAAUUAAGAGAAAUAAAUCAAUUAAAAAUUAUUCAGCAAGCAUUACAAGAAAAUCAAUUUGAUUCAUUUGAUUUAAGAAAAUGUAUUCCAUUAAAUAUUGUUGGAAAUGGAGCUUAUGGGACUAUUAUAAAAGUAAGAUACAAUGGAAAGUUUUAUGCUUUAAAACAAACAGACUGUUCAAAAAAAGUUGAAAUGGAAAAAGAAUUUAUUGUAUUAAAACAAUGUAAUAAUCAACGUAUUAUUAAAUGUUAUGGAAUUGCAUCAUCUUGGUAUUCUAUUUCUUCUCAACUUCAACACCUCAAACAGAAGGCACAAAAGUCAUUAUAUUUAUUACUUGAUUAUUAUGAAAGUGGUAAUUUUGAUCAAUACUUAAACAAAAGAAAACAAUUAAAACAAAGUCUUUCAAAUGAGGAAAUGAAUCAUUUUAUUAAUGAAAUGAUUAUUUCUAUAAAAUAUCUUCAAACUCAAAAAGAGUUUAUUCAUGGCGAUAUUAAACCAGAAAAUUUUAUGGUUGAUUGCUCUGUUACAAAACCAAGACUUGUAUUAUCUGAUUUUGGAAAUUGUCGUUCAUUUUCUAAUGAAUCUAUUUUAAUUAGAGGUAAAUCAAAAGACUUUAAUUCAAGUCAUAGAUCAGCACUGUCAAUUAAUCAUGACAUCUAUCCAUUGGGAGUUUGUUUCUAUAGGAUUCUUACAAAUAAACUUCCAUUUGGACAAACUGCAGAUGAGGUAAAAGCUUCAUACUCAACAAAUAAAACACUUUCAUUUCCUAAAUCUAUUCUUUCAAAUGAACAAUUUCAUUCAAAAAUAGAGCUGAUUAAAAGAAUGUUAGAAUUUAAAGAACAAGAACGAUUGACAUUUGAGGAAUUAUUUAAUCAUCCAUUAGUUAUUUCUUUAAUAGAAUAA